UCGGCGCGCGUACAGAACAAUCCACAGAUCGGCUUGAAUUGGACAAGACUAUGCGCUGUGACGCGCGCUCAAGGCGCACUUGUCAUCUGUAUCAAGUUGACAGGAAGACAGACUCGUCGCUGUUUUACCCACUGGAACCUUUACAGUAUUACUGUCCGGUUUAACACAUUUAAAAUCAUGGAUGCAUCCCUGUUUCAGUUCUUUAUUGGGGAAUUCGGCGACCCCAACUGUACUCUUAUGGACGCUUUUCAGGACACUUUGUACGAGAAUUCGUCUUUUGCGUUCAUGGGUCUCGAUGGUAUGUACUGCAACGCCACCACGGAUGAGAUCGGAACUUGCUGGCCGAGAAGCAACUCUGGUCGAAUAGUUGAGCGGCCGUGUCCGGAGUACAUCAACGGUGUGAAAUACAACACAACUAGAAGUGCUUACAGAGAAUGCAUGGAGAACGGCACAUGGGCUCUGAAGAGUAACUACUCCAGCUGUGAGCCCAUCUUGGAGGAAAAGAGGAAGUACCCCAUGCAUUACAAGAUAGCCCUCAUCAUUAAUUACUUCGGUCACUGUAUAUCUGUUGGAGCUCUCGUUAUUGCCUUCAUCCUCUUUCUGUGCUUGAGGAGCAUCCGAUGCCUUCGCAACAUAAUCCACUGGAAUUUAAUUACAACGUUCAUUCUGAGGAAUGUAAUGUGGUUUUUGCUUCAGCUGAUUGACCACAACAUUCAUGAGACCAAUGAGCCCUGGUGCCGUCUCAUAACAACAAUCUAUAAUUACUUUGUGGUUACCAAUUUCUUCUGGAUGUUUGUGGAGGGCUGUUAUCUUCACACGGCUAUUGUGAUGACAUAUUCCACAGACAAGCUCAGAAAAUGGGUUUUCCUCUUCAUUGGAUGGUGUAUACCAUGUCCGAUAAUUAUUGCAUGGGCUAUUGGAAAACUCUACAGUGAAAAUGAACAAUGCUGGUUUGGGAAGGAACCUGGGAAGUAUAUGGACUACAUUUAUCAAGGGCCAGUGAUACUUGUUCUUCUUAUAAACUUUGUGUUCCUAUUUAACAUUGUGCGCAUUUUAAUGACGAAGUUGAGAGCUUCGACCACAUCUGAAACAAUACAAUACAGGAAAGCUGUGAAGGCCACUCUAGUACUGCUGCCGUUGCUCGGAAUCACAUACAUGUUAUUCUUUGUGAAUCCAGGCGAGGAUGACAUUUCUCAAAUAGUUUUUAUCUAUUUUAACUCAUUUCUACAGUCAUUUCAGGGAUUCUUUGUGUCAGUAUUUUACUGCUUUCUUAAUGGGGAGGUGCGUUCUGCAGCAAGAAAGCGUUGGCAUCGAUGGCAGGAUAAUCACGCUCUGAGAGUUCGGGUGGCGCGGGCGAUGUCCAUCCCCACCUCCCCCACCCGCAUCAGUUUUCACAGCAUAAAACAGACCACGGCCGUCUGACCUUUCCAGGAUUGCUUAUCCUCAUUUCUAAUUCAGCCACACAGAUGGACUGCAAGCAUGCAGCCUGGUGGCAUGAGAGACCAACUGAUUGUUUACCUUUCUGACAGUCUGUGUCAUCCAAUAACCUGUGAAUUUAAUUUAUCUGUCAGUGAAAUUUUGACAGUGGGGCCUGAAUUGAAGGGUUGUUGGAAAGAAAUAAUAAUAAAUAAAAAAAAAAGGUAUUUUCUGUUUUGAUGAAUUGUAAAAUCAUCCUUUUACUUAGCAAUUUCCCCCGCUCUUUCAGCACAUCACUGAUUCUUGAGACAUGAGGCAAAACAUGUCCCUUAAAAAUCAGAUGAUCACUAGAAUGUUUUUAACACAAACAUACCAUUUUAUUUUUUCAUAAUUAUGACUUUUAUUAUUUUGUAUUACAUAACUUUAUCACUUACUACCUCUUAAAACCACCUGCCUCUAGUCUAUAACUCAGUAGAUUCAAAUGGAUUACAGUAUAUGAACCAUUUAAAACCAUGCAACCACACUGGUGUUGCAAUGUACAAUCAGGAAUAUCCAACCCACAAAUCCUUUUUGCCCCUGUCAAUUAGCUCUAAUGCAGUUGCUAAUCUGUUUUUGCUUCCGAUGUACAAUGAGCCCUGUAGCAUUCUUCAGACACAUCUGUUUGUGUCACUGGAUGAGGGAACAUGCUGUUAUUUUUGCUAAUCUCUCUGUUGCUCAGAUCUGUCUGUGCUGCUGUUUAAAGCUGUACGGUCCUGCUGCAGCCGGUUUUACUGCAAGUGAACUCUGUCUGGCCUCUAUGGAACUAGUUUCUUCAUGUCAGUGUGUGACAAAUUCCCCUUGUGUGAUUGUGCCCAGCAGCACAGGCUUAAGUCGUCAUUAUAACUGGAGAAAUGGAAGUCGGAUGCCCUGUCAUGUGAAGCUAUUCACAGUGUAGUGGCAUGAUCAAAUCAGAUCAUAAAUCAAAUUUGGGAUGCUGAUAGAUAAGAAGUGAAAUUAGGGCACCUUGAGUCAAAGAUCAGAGACCCUCUAUGGUGCCCAUUAUAUGGGGGGUGGACAUUAUACUGAUAUAUUAACCAACAAUGGGGUAAAACAGAAGGAACUCUCUCAUCCAUUGCUCUUGGCUUUUUAGCUGUAAUAAACCAUAUGAAACCGAACAUUAUUACAAAGUAGGGCCUAAAUAAUAAUAAUUUAAAAAAAAAAAGAAAAAUUGAUUGAUAAUUUGAUUUUAAUUGUAAAUCUUAGAGACAACUGAGAUUAUUAUUAACUUUUUACCUCUGAUAUAUUCCAUUGUAUCUGGAUUAACUGUGCAUAUAGGCUAUACGGUAUACAUUAGUUGUCAAAACGGUCUGCAUGUCACGGAAGGCUACAUUAACAACAUGCAGUAAGGCAAAGGAAUGUUUGAUGCAGCUUUACAGUUACAGCUUUUGCAGUUUACUUCAGAAUCAAAGCACAUGCUUGUCAUUUUCUACUAAAAAGAGCCUACUAAAAGCCUAAUUUUUUCGGAUAACAAAAAGUUUCAUAAUUCUGAAAAUUUAGUAGAAAUUUCUGAACAAAAUUAUCCAGUUAUUAACCGGUAGCCAGCAUUUAAAUAAUUUCAUUUGUUUUCAGUUUUCAUUUUCUUAGCUUGAACCUUUUUUAUUCCAUGAUGAUGAUCACCGGGGACUCCUUUCUAAAAUAUAAAGGCAGCUAGAAAUGUUCAUGUACAAAAAGACCCAUUUUACUGUGAGACAAAUAGUGAACGUGGUAUAAUAAAUAAAACAUGCUUGAAAAAUCUAAUAAUUGCCAUUGUACUAAAUCCAAAACAUAUUUUACUUUGCAUUAAAUGGACAGUGUAUUAUGGAUUAAUAUAAUCUUGAUUAAUUUUAUGAUUUCCGAUCAUUCUUUAUAAAGAGGAGUGAAAUCACAAUAAUGUAAAACAAAAUAAAAAAUAAAUAAAUAACAAAAUUUAAAUGUUAACUCUCAUAAAAAAUAUGAUUUGGAAUUUUUUGUCUCUCUCUCUUCCCCCCAUGGUUUUAGACCAUAGCUGUGUACAUUUCUUUGAAAAUCAUGAAACAUAAAUCAGAAUAUUGUUACUUUACAAAUACAAUUAUGUUAUUAAAAACAUUUCCAAAUAAAUAAAUAACUGCAGUAAUAUAAAUGAUUCCAGUAUCUAUAAAAAUCCCCAAUGAGGAAAUGCAUUUAAGCAAACCCAGGUUCAGAGUCCUAUAUGGUAAAUUUAAUGUUUUCUCAGUUUACUGUGAGAUAAAGUUAAAGGAAUAUUCCGCGUUCAACAGAAGUUCAAUCAACAACAUUUGUGGCAUAAUGUUAAAUAUUAUUUUAACUCUCUCAUUUUCUUUAAAAAAAAAAAAAAAAAAAAAAAAGCAAAAAUCGAGGUUACGGUGAGGCACUUACAAUGGAAGUGAAUGGGGGCCGAUCUGUAAAUGUUAAAAUACUCACUGUUUCAAAAGUAUAUCCACAAGACAUAAACAAUAUGAGUGAUUACAUGAUUUUAGUGUGAUUAAAAUCACUUACUAACCGCAUCUGUGUAAAGUUAUGUGCAAUUUUACAAAUUUGUUGCCAUGACAAUGUAAUGUCAACAAAGCCUAAAACCCUAAAACUAAUGUAAAAAUUAUGAUUUGAACUUUACAGCUCAAGAAAUACACAAGUUUUAACAGAAGGAUUAAUGAAAGUGCUUUUAUAAGAUUAUAAGCUUCACAUUUCUGCCUUUAAACCCUCCAAAAUAAUUGGCUAAAUGUUUUUUUAAUUUCUUUUUUAUUUUGUUUAUUUGUUUUUAUUUAUUUAUUUGUUGUUAUUAUUAUUAUUUUGUGGUAAUCAACAUUAUGCAACAAAUGCUGUGGCUUGAGCUUAACUUGUAUUGAACACUGAAUAUUCCUUUAAUCUGUGAACAUCUAUUUCACUUUUUAAAAAUGAAAAAAAAAAACUGAAAUGUGAUGUUAAAAAAAAAAAAAUACAGAAAUGUGAUUAAUAUGCAAUUUGAGAAGCACUUCAGCAUGUGAUUGCACUGUAUGGGUGACCCUGGAAAAAUAUUAAUUGCCCUUUUAAUACCAACAAUGCAAUAUGUUGUAGUUUUCUUCUAACAAAUAGCAACACCGUACCAUAGAGGGUUUAUGGUAGAAUGGAUUUAACAUAUAAGAUUCAUAAUUUGGGGGGUGGGGGGUGGGUUCCAAAAUGGCAGCUGUACGAGAGGUUAUGUGAGGAUAUUAUUAAAAGGAAGGUUAUGUGGUAUGUGAUGGAGCUGAUAUUGUAACUCCUGAACUGAAACCAGUCAGCUGAUGCUAUUAAAGCACUUCUUUCAUGAAAAAAGUUCUGAAAUAUGUCACAAGGAUGUAUAAUUUUAGAAAUAUCACCUUGCAAUUAAGCAGAUGAUCUUUGUCCAAAGCAGAUUACAAUACAGUCUACAACAGUUCCAUUUGAGUAACCUGGAGCUAAAUUGUGUUAGAACUUGAGUUAUUUUAUUACUGCUGUUCAUCUGCAAACUUUGUGUCAGCAACCAAAAUGAUCAACCAUUUGCCUACCUUUACCCAUCAGCCCCAUACACAGAGACUGUAUGUUUUAUAAACACAUUAACUGCAAAAAAUGUUAUUAUUUAUUGUGUGUGUGUCUGUUAUUAUUAUUAUUAUUAUUAUUAUUAUUAUUAUU